AAUAUGCGUUAUACUCUACUAAGGAGGAACCUAUGGCCAUGGAAGAAACAGGUCAGAUGAAACAUAUGUCAAAUCCAAAGGUGCAUGAAGUGCAAAGUCUCCAGCCAACAGAAGCUAAACCACAGUUUGAACACAAUACACAGAGAAAAUCAUUAUCUAACCCUGACAAUACAUCUGCCCCCACAACGGCAAAGCAGAUGAAAAACAGACAGUUUACUGAGGUCAAGGCUGAACAGGUCAUGCCAGAACAUUUAAAAGUGCAACACGCCCAAGCAGAGCUGGCAAAAGCUCAGCAAUGGGCUCAAGUGGAGCAGCCCAAAGCAGAUUCGGCCAAGUUAAAUUUAGCAGGGCAGACUGGUUCAGAUAAAGUCAAAACAGAACAGGCCAGAUCAGAAGUAACUAAGCAGGAGAGAGUAAAACAAGCCAAAACAGAACAUAUUAAAGAGGAGAUAAGAAAAGGAGGACAGAGGGAAAAGUCCAGAGAAAAACAGCCAGAGGAGCAGACAAAAGCUGGACAAACCAAAGUGCAGAAGGAAACAGAUGAGCCAAGAAAUAUUACAGAGGAAGCAUCGGCCGAGCACAUGAGAUGGGAGCAGGGUAUGCAGGUCAAAGCAGAACAAGUUGAAGCAGAGAAGUUAAAAGAAGAUCUCAUAAAAACUGAACAGCCAAAUAACGAGCAGGCCGAUCAGGAAAGAAUAAAGCAAGCUAAAACUAAACCGGCCACUGGAAAAAGAAUCAAUGAACAUCAAGUUGAGCAAGAAAAGGUAAGCGCAAAACAAGUUGAAAGAGAGCAGAGGGAGGCAGAAUCAAUCGGAACAGAAAAGGUUAUUGCAGAACAGGUUGAAGCAGAAUGUAGAAAAGGAGAACAAACAAAAAAGAGCGAAGCAACAAGACAGAAACCAAAGCAGAACAAGUGACGACAAAGUUAGAUCAAGUGGAAAAGGUCAAAACAGAACACAUUAAAGUUGAGGAUGGUAGACAAGCAAAAGAUUUAAUUCAAGUAGGGCGAGUGAAUGCGAUGCAACCUACAACACUGGUAGGUACAGCCAAAGAUGCAAAACCCGAAGAGAGAAGAACAGAACACUCAAAGGUGGAACGAACCAAAGUGGAGCAAGCCAAAGCAGAGCUACCAAAGUCUGACAACAUGCAGGAAAGGUCAGAUAAACUCACAGCAAAACUUACGGCGACACAACAGGUUAAAAGUGAGCCAGAUAAAGUUGAGCAAGUUAAGACAGAGUUAGCUAAAGCCAAAGCGGAGUUAGCGAAAAUAAAGGAAAAAAUGAGAGGUGAGCAAAAAGAAAAAGUCAUAGCAAAGAACAAUGUUCCUUUACGUGUAAAUGUCAGUAAAGACAAGGAUUACAAAAAGCCUGAUCAGGCAGCUGAAAUGCAUCAAAAAAAGGAAACUUCAGCUGUCAUAGCUGGCAGCAGUCAGACUUAUAGAGGGGCUGAUGAUUAUGACCACCUUAGAGAGAAAUAUGGUUUUACAAAUGCAAUUUCAGCAAGCAAAAAUAAAGUGUCAACUGCAGGAAAUGUCUCUUCAAAUGAUGCUAGUGAAACACAAGUUUCACCUCUUGAUAAAGCUGAGACAGUAAAUACAGAAAAAUCAAAAGAUGAAUGCAGUCCAGCUAACACAGAAAAUAAAGACGAAGGCGACAGCUUUAAAUCCAGUGAGGUGACAGAAAAUCAAUACGUUUACAGUGAGUCAUCCAAAGAAUUCAAAUUAUCCAGUGUGAAUGAUCCUCCUCUAAAUGUAGAUAUGAGAGCAAAUGGUGACACUGCUGCUGAUAAAGUGAAGGAAGAUAGUGUUGAAAAGUUGAAAAAAUGCGACCCAAUCAAAGAUGCUGAAAUUUCACCGCGAAGAGAUCCCGAUUUGACUAAACCGCUCCCCCAUGAAAGAAAACCUAAGACAACCGAGCACAAUGUAGUCCCGGGUAAAGAUCUGCAUUUUACCCCUCCCAAAGCAUUGUCCCAUAAAGACAGGGCCCACACCAAGCAGGAGAUUCUGACUUCCAAGAUAAAAGCUCAUGCUGAAAAAGAGAUUUCAGCUAUUAAAGAGGGUUUUGCCAUACGAGAUGGACUUUCAAGCAAAAGUUCUUCCAAGCAGUUAGGAGGUAUUCAGAGUGUUAAUAUACGACAGAGGCCACCAUCACAGGAAGGGUCUAAAAAGCAUGAAAGCACAAGUAAUAUUACACCAAAGCACCAGAAGGAGCCUUUAGGAGAACAGAUGGAACCAGUCAAGUCUGUUUCACCUCCAAGCUCAACUACAAUACCAGCUAAGUCUGCAGCAACCAAGACUCAGUUAGCAAACCAUUCACAAAAACAAGAAACAAGAAAACCAUUGAAGAGCAACAGCGAAGUGUCAGAACCACCCAGAAAAACAAACCAGACAGAAAGCUAUAACAUGAGCACAGCUGAGGACUUGGUGCAAAAUCAAAAGCAGGAAAAUCAACCUGGGGUUCAGGCACCAGUACAAAAUAAAGAACAGACACCAAAGAUUGACCAAGGAAAACAGCAAGCAAAUCAUGGAGAAAUCCCUGGAAAACAGAAAGAAGAACGUAAAGACAAUCCAGCUGUUAACACUGACAAUGUCAACAAAAAGAUAGAAGCUCCAUCACAAACUUCAAGCUCAAAAUCUGUGAUGACAGAGAUGGCUGAAAGUAAAGAAGCAGCUCACGAGGACUCAGAACCUACGAUAAGUCUAGUAUUAGGUCAGAACACAGUCCCUGUGACUGAUGACAGCUUGCAGAUUAUGGGAAUAAUGGUAACUAUACGAGAAAGAAAACCAUCUGUGAGCACUGAUGAGGGAAAUAACACCACCAAAACACAAACAGAGAGAGAGUCCAAUAUUUCAGAGUUAGAUAAGCAUCAUCUCAAUUCAGGCUUAGAAGCAAAAGAGAAAAUUUCAUCUUCAAAGGACAUUAGCGUAACAAAGACGAAGGACAUACAAGAAAAAGAAGAUCAGACUAAAGUUGGUGUAAACAAACUGCCUGAAACUGUGCAAGAAAAUUCCUCUUUAGAGACAAGAAAGACUAAUGUGACUGAGAAUGUCACAGGGAAAAGGACAAAUCUCCAGCAGGAAACUUCUAUAAAUGCAAAACCCCAAAAGGAAACACAACCAGAACCUUUGGGUGAAAAAGGUAUGCCCUUCACAGCCACUGUAACCGCUAAUAAUGAAAUGUUCCCUGAAACCCAACCCCAUCUCCACAAACAGGACACAAUAGCAAGAGAAACAAAAGACCAUGCAGAUAAAAUGCCAAAAGAGAAAUCAGCAAAAAGCACAAGCACAGAUGAAAUAAAGACUAACACCACGGAGACAAAUCCACUAAAAAUACAAACCAGUGAGAACUUUGCUGCCAAAAAGGUGAACACAGGAAUCAAAAGGCAUGAUGCUGAACCUUUACAAAAACAUGGCAUCCAUCCAUCAGUGAAAGAGGACUUGACAAGUAUUAUAAAUCAAUCCAAAAGCAGUAGCAUAGAUGGCAAGAGUGCAAAGCUGCCAGACGAAAAGAGACACGACUCAGCACCACCAAAAACCUCCAACAAAGUCAAUCCUUCUAGCAAUUUAACUGAGAAUGAAAACAGAUGUCAAUAUAAUAAGACACACAUUGAACGAAAUAAUGAAAAGGAUGAUGAUGAUGUGCAUAUUGACUGCAUUGCCAUCAGAGUUGUGCCAGCAGUAACUGAGAAGGACAGUGUGACAAUGGUGGGAAAACAUCACAUCACAACUUUCUCUUCUGAUGCUGUGCUGGCUAAUGAACAUAAACAAGUUGCAUCAUCUAGUUGUGAUCAAAAAGCAAAUCCUUUAAACAGUAAAGUCCAAGCCAAAGAUCUCCCUCCAGCAAGCAGUGAGAAGACGAUGACAGACAGCUUGGAAGACAAAAUAAGAGUUCAAGAGGUGUUGUCCAGUGUGAGAAAACUGUCUGAUUCACUAAAACUCAGCCAUAAACAGAACAGCACUAACACAACUAGUGGGAUUACUCAAGCUGAAAAUGAAAACCGUGAAAAACUAGAAAAAAGUCAGAAAUUGGCAGAUGAGUCAAAUACACAACCAAUGGAGGGAGACUAUUUUCAAGUACAAGGAGUGUCAAAUAACGAGCCACGUAACAAUAGUGCAACUGUUGAAGAUGCAUCAAAAGGAAGAGAACUAUCAGCACUACAACAAAACAAGACUGUUGUCAGCAAUGAAUCAUACAAGGAAGGAGAAACUGAAGCCUUUGUGUUCAAUGUGGAUCCAGAUAAAAGGAAAGCAGUGGAAUCAAGUUCAGUAAGCAUUCAAGAUGAGAGCAUAAAAAAUAAAAAAUGGGAAAGAGAUGAUAAGCUGGCUUCCAAACAGACUGAUGGUUCCAUGGAGAGAUGGAGUAAUAAUGCAAUGACGGAGGCAGUUCAAGCUAAUCUCAUAAGAAAACAUCACACAGAGAACAAGUCCAAUUUAUCAGCAAUGGAAAGACAGAGUUCAAGAAAUUCACAUGCAACAAAGGAAAACAUGCUUAAAGAAAACCCUGAAGUUAAACCGAAACCAAAAGACAGAUCAUCCACAAUACCUGAGAUAUCAGCACUUGCAGACUAUGCCAGGUUGAAAGUAAUUGUUUCAGAGGACUCAGAGGUGAACAAAGUUCAGGAAUUCCCUCCCAACAAAAAAGAAGGAUUCUUUCCACUAAUACAGAGCCGUCACAGCAGACGUCCUGUGUUCACUACGGAUCCACAAGACGUCUCUGUGAAAGAGAAAAGUUUGCCAAGUAAGACAGAGACGAGCGCCAAAGUGAAUAAAGAGCCCAAAGCUCUAGUAUAUCCCAUUACAGAGAAAGAACACCAAAGGACGGGGAUGUUCAAACUAGGAGACAAAGAGAAAAUGUUUUUAGAUGCCAAAGUGAAUGAAGGUGCAGCAAAGGAUGCGCAUCAUAAAGAAAGAAUCAAGUCACCAGCAGCUCAGACAGAACAAAUUGCUGGAGCAGGAACACAAAUAGCAAAUCAAGAUCAGAAGGUUUAUCAACCAAACAAUCCUCUUCUGCAAGCAACAACUUGUGCAGUCAACAGGCCAAGAAACACUGCUGAAGGGUUGACAUAUUUAGACAAAAACUCUCUUCUACAUGAAAACAUGACAUCUCUAAGUGAAGAUGAGAGGAAUGAACAACAAGGUAAAGACACAGGGGCUAAGACUGAGGAUGGGAGGGCAGAUAAACUCAAAAAUGAAAAGCUUGCAACUCUGCUUGAAGAAACCCAAGCAAAGUCAAAGGGCAGAAUAAAACAAGUGGAAGAAGAUGGAGCAUCCAGGAGCAAAGAAGAGAAAACAGAAGAUGACAUGAGAAUAAAACACAUGAUAGAGGAGAGUAGAGCUUCUCUGGCCGAAGAAGAGAGGAGAGCCAUUCAGAGGGAAGAGGAGAGGAGAGCGAGAGAACGCGAGGCCAUAGCUAUUAAGAUCAAGGAGAGACGAGAAAAGCAGAGGGAGGCAGAGAGAAGAGCGGAGGAAGACAGAAAGGCAAAUCAGAAGGAAGCAGAGAAAGCUGCUCAAAAAGAAGAGGAGAUGAGAGCAAGACAAAGGGAGGAAGAAAUGAAGAUGAAAAACAUGGAGGAAAGACAGGCAAAACUGAGAGAGGAGGAAAAGAGGAAAAGAGAGGAUGAGGAGAGGAGAAGGAUAAAAAAGCAGAAGGAGGAGAGAGCUGCACAAGAAGAGCAAAGAAAGAGAGCAGCUGAAAAAGAGCAGCAAAUGAGAGUUCAAGAAGAGCAUAAGAGGCGAGCUGCUCAAGAAGAGCAACAUAGAAGAGCUGCACUGGAAGAACAGCAAAGAAGAGCUGCACAAGAAGAGCUACAAAGAAGAGCUGCGCUGGAAGAGCAGCAAAGAAGAGCUGCACAAGAAGAGCAACAAAGAAGAGUUGCACAAGAAGAGCUGCAAAGAAGAGCUGCACUGGAAGACCAGCAAAGAAGAGCUGCACAAGAAGAGCUACAAAGAAGAGCUGCACAAGAGGAACAGCAAAGAAGAGCUGCACAAGAAGAGCUACAAAGAAGAGCUGCACAAGAGGAACAGCAAAGAAGAGAAGCUCAAGAGGAGCAACAAAGGAAAACUCAAGAAGAGCAAAAGAGGCGAGCUGCACACGAAGAGCAACAAAGAAGAGCUGCACUGGAAGAAGAGCAAAGAAGAGCCGCGCAAGAGGAACAGCAAAGGAGGGCGGCUCAAGAGGAGCAACAAAGGAGAGCUCAAGAAGAGCAAAAGAGGCGAGCUGAACAAGAGGAACAGCAAAGGAAAAUUCAAGAAGAGCAAAAGAGGCGAGCCGCACAAGAAGAGCAGCAAAGAAGAGCUGCACAAGAAGAGCAAAAGAGAAGAGCUGCAGAAGAGGAAAAACAAAUGAGAGCUGCACAAGAGGAGCAACAAAGAAGAGCAGAUCAAGAAGAGCAGCAAAGGAGAAUCCAAGAAGAGCAAAAGAGGCAAGCUGCACAAGAAGAACAAAAGAGAAGAGCUGCACAAGAGGAGCAGCAAAGACAAGCCUCUCUAAAUGAGGAGCAAAGGGGAGUUAAACAGACUGAUGAGAAGAUAAGGAAGGAGGAGAAAACGGCUUAUAUUUCAGAAGACGAAAGGUAUAAGCACAUCCAGGCACAGAAGAAAGCAGAGCAGCGGAUUGAAGAGCAGAGGAGAGACCAACAGAAAAAAGAAGAAUGGAUGAAAACUCAAAGAGAGGAGGAGAAGAAGAAAGCUGUGGAAAAAGUCCUAAAACAAAGAGAAGCAAAACAAGUCAAAGAGGAGAGGGUCAAACUCCUUGACAAGAGUCAAGCAUCACACAAAGAGGAGAAGAGAGCAGCACCAGAAAUAAUGCUAUCUCACACAGAGGAUGAGAUCCAGGCUAAAAAGAGAGAAGAAGAAAUGUUUGCAGCUCAAAGAGAAAAUGUCAGAGCUGCCCAGAUGGAGAAGCAAAACAGAGCAGCACAGAUGGAUACUCUCCAGUACUAUGCCAUCACCUCAAGAGAAUCAGAGAGGACAUCCAGAGAAAGACAAAUAUUAUCCCCUUUACCUCUCCAACAAAGAAGCAAUCCAUCAGGACUUGAGUCAACUGAUGACUCCCAGACCAGGCCUUAUCGACCGCAUGCCCCGCCAUCUCCAGCUCCAUCUCUGUCCCGUUCCACCACAUCCUCUCCUGCUUUAGGAGCCAAGCCCUCAAUGUUCAGAGUAAAGGAUAACACUAUCAGGGGUUCCUCUUUGACCAAAUCAGUCAAACCUCGCUUCCAUAAGAACUUUAGAGAGGAUUUCUGGAUGGGCUCACCGUUGGGGUCAGAGAGAGGAGAGGAAGAGCAGGAGACAAUGAGACACAGUGCUGGAACUCCAGUCCACCCUGAUGCAGGAUUCAACAGACUUGCUGCCAUCAAUGAAUCUUCGACCUUCCAGUCAGCAUCUUCAUCACUGGAUUACUCAGCCCACAUCCCUCAUCACCGGCCCUAUUCUAGGAGAAGCAUUGCUAUGGAUGAGGACGACUCCCGCUCUGUCAUCAGCAACAUGUCAGAGGAUGUGGAGAGUCAUGCCACCAGUGCCGCAGACCUGGCAGAUAUACGAGGCCUGUAUGACUCUGAGAGGCCAGAGUCAGCUUGUAGCUUCAGCAGCGAUGUGUCGCGCUCUAUGGGUAAGCCUCCAGCUGUUCCUCCAAAGAGUGAGAAAGCCUUACGCAGGGCUAAAAGGUUAACUUCUCGGAGGAUAAAUAAAGAGUUGUCCAAAGUUGCAGAAGAUAAUCCUGCUGGAGUUGAGAAAGAGGUCUCCAGUAUUCCUUCUUCCUCCUCAUUUGAGGUAUGCUCCUCCAACCGCCAUGCUGUAGCUUCCCCUCAUUUUUCUGCACCUGUCUCCCUCGCUCAUGCUCCAACAUUGGGCUCUAGCUUGCCAUCUUCCCAAACAGAGCACCAAUCUUCUCAUCGCUCUUUCCACGCUUCUCCUCAUGCCACCGGUCCAAUCUCCCUCCCAGUUUCCUCGUCUCAUGUUACUGCCACUGUUUCCCUCCCUACUGUGUCUCCUCAUGUUACUGUUCCUGCUUCUCAAGCUAUUACUCCUAAGGCAGUUGCUCACGUUCCUUCUUCUCCCACUCUCCAUCGUGCCAAUCAUCCAGCUCCAGUGACACAGUACCAAGUAGAGUCAAGUUAUCCACAGUCCUACCCACUGACUCAGCGCAAGGUGCUGCAAGACCUCGGUUCUGGUCAGUAUUUUGUCGUGGAUGUUCCUGUGCCAGUGAAAACAAAGACUUUCUUUGACCCAGAGACGGGAAAGUAUGUUCAGCUCAAUGUGCGCGAAUCUGGACAAAGCAUCUCACAAACUCAGUCCCAGCAAUCGUGCCCUCAGCCUCAGCACCAACCCCAAAUUCAGAUCAAGCCACAGCAACAGCCUCUGCCCCAGACCUCUCCAGCUGGCAAGCCCUUUGGGUUUUAUCAAGGCUACCAUGGUUAUCCACAAGGCCACCAACCUGCAGCUGUCAACCCCGUACAGUCUCAGAGGUCAUCAGCCCCAGCAACUCUCCACCAGGAACAACAGCCUGUCAGGGAGAGCCACAGCUAUGGAUAUCCAGCCCCUGAAAUAGGACAGAACUCUGAAGUUCAUCGCUACAGCCCAGAAAAAACUCCAUACAUGGACACUGUUAAUGAUAAAGACAAAACAUAUAACAGAGUUUACAACACACAUGGCUCAUAUGAGUCAUUCCCAGAGUGUGACACAAACAGCCAGCUUGCAGGAAGCUCCAUUUGUGAAAAUGAUAACUCAGCCCCCUCACUGUAUCAGUCUCGUGAUAUAAUAACCAUGAGUGAACUGGAGGACUUUAUGGAUGCAUCUGACUGGUGAGAACAAAGACUGGUAUAAAGUAUAUAUGAAAUAAAUAUACCCAGAAAGCACAAAAUGAAUGGAUCAUAUAAUGCAGUAUUUUAAGCGUUUGUAAAUGAUUUUUUUUCAGUUGAAAUACUCUCAGAAUGUUUUUGGUUUGUAGUUUUACGGAGUCCCUGUGACAUGCUGUUAAAUUGCUGCUGCUGCUUUUCGGGUUACAUUGAUGAUCUAUUUAUUGUUUUACAGAGUUCACCAUUCCAUUUGACUUUUGAAUGUGAGAAGCUAAGAUAUAUUACUUGUGUAAACAAUAUCACCAGUAUCCCGUUGCCUCUUAAACUAUGUGCUCAUACAUCAAACAACAACAGUGUGUCAAAACUGAUUGUUUCAGCUAUGAACACCGGACAGCCUGGUUAUGUUUUCCUUUUGUUUUCUUGCUUGUGAAAUCCUACUUUUGGCAUUUUCUGAUGCAUGUAAUAUUGUGAAACAAAAAGUGUCAAGCAAUUAUUUUUCAGAUGGUAUAAAGCGUAGUUUUGUGUAUUCGGCCACUGCGUCAAAGUGAACACAAAGCGAUGAGAUUGUUGCUGUUUUUAAGGUUUAAUUUCAUACAGUAGUCUAUUUUUUAAAUUGGGCGUUUGUGAGAAUGUUUCUGUGUUGCUGUGAAACAGACUAGUGUGACAUGGACUUAUGCAGACAAUAAAAACACACUUCAUUCAAACUAAAAAGGUUCUCAUCCCAAUGACUGCUUUUCAAAUCACUCUGUAAAGGGUAUAAAUAAACA